UUGCGUUUGUUCAGAUGAGGUUGACCCGUUGAACAAGAAGUUGGUUGAACAGAAGAAGACAACGUCCAAAAGGGAAUAAUUUUCGACAUUUCAGUUUGAAAUCCCUUUUGGGGGCAGCCAAGAUGUUACACCCGGUUGUCCAAGCUCUUCUCAGCUGGGUCAAUAAUAUCAAGCUGUGGGACAGGGAGAUCCAGAUUAAAGAUUUACAGGAUGGGGCUGUCCUGCUAAAACUGAUUAAUCUGCUGAAAAAGAAACCAAUUCCCAGUUCCAUCAACUCUGAGGAUCGGUUGCCUCUCAUUAGAGACUUCUUAGAAGGGGAAUGCAGGUUCAACCCGGAAAAAGGCAGUCCUAUAUCCUGGGACAACAUUCGCGCGGGAAACAACCUGAUAGUGGAAAUUUCUAAGGUGCUUGUUUUGCUUGUCUAUCAUGACAUGAUGAAUGAGCGCUGCACGCUAACAGCAUUGGAUUGUGACAUAGAGGAGGGGCUUGCCAGUGUGACCUAUUAUGUGAUGGAGAGUGAGGGUUGUGUUUAUUUGAGCACAAAACUUGAUGCAUUCUUGGCCAGGAGAUGUCUCAAAGUUGCCCGAGAAUGCUUGGACCAGACGGUAACCACCUCGAAUUCUACCUGUAACAUGUCCAGCAUGUCCUCUCUGUCUGGCGAUGACUCUCCAGUUUUUAUGCGCACAAGAAAAGUUGAUUUUGUUGACUUGGAACAAGUGGCUUCCUCAUCUGUCAGGAGUUCUCCUUUGGCUGAUGUUAUGAAUACACCCAAAUUUCAGCUGAGGAAAAUGCAAAGAGCGAUAAUGAAGGAGAGAGAAUACAGAGAUAAUUUGGAGAAAGAGCUCACCACCACGCUGGAACUCCUUGCCCAGAAAGAAUCCCACAACAAUCAGUUGCAGUACCAUCUAGAUAAGCUAAAAGAAGAGCAAGCCAAUCAGGAGCAGACUAUCGCAGAACGACUGAGUGAGAUUGAGGCCAAAAAGGACUCUCUGCAAAUGAGCUUUAAUGAGCUGCUAAAGCAGAACAAGGACUUGAAGAGUACCUCUGGUCAUAUGGAGCGCAAGGUGGACGAACUUACAGGAGAAAAUGGGGAACUCUCCUUUCAGAUGAGAGCGGUUUGUUCCAAGCUGGCCAUCUUUGAGGCUGAAAAUGCUAGACUGACUCAGGCUCAAGCAUAUGCUGAGGAGGACUGGAGAAACAAAACAAGCCACCUGCAAUCAGAACUCAACCAAGCCACCACACAAAAGGAAUUCCUGUCAGAACAAAUUCAGAUCCUUCAAGGAAAAAUUUCCUGUUUAGAGGAAGAACUAAGUAGAGCGAAAAAAGAAGAAGUUGGAGAAAAUAUGGGUCCAAUAAUUGAGACAGAUAAGUUGGAGACUGAAAUUAACAGUCUGAAGAAUGAGCUUGAGAGCACACUGUGCUCCCUAAAACAAGCGGAAGAGCAGAUACAAAGCUUAACUCAAAAGUUGAACAAAUGUGAGGAAGAAUUAACCCACUACAAAGAACUACUUCAACAGCAGAAAACCCAAAUGGAACAAAUUAUUCGAGCCAAAGAUGAAAUUAUGGAUAAACUGCGUAGAGAUCUGGAUGAACAGAGGCUGGUUCUUGAAAAGGAAAUCAAUGAUCUUAAACUUCAGCAGGAAGAUGCUGAGCACCAGAAAACUGAACAGGUUGCCAAACUACAACAACACAUCACUGCUUGUGAGCAGGAAAUUCUAACACUAAAGGAGAAAAAGAAAGAAAACGAAAAUCUUUUACAUCAGACAGAUGUGAAAGUAAAGGACCUUGAGACGAAACUAGUGGCUGCUACCACUCUGCUGGCUAAUAAAGACCAACAAAUUUGCAGCCUAAACAAUGAAGUUCACUCACUUGCAGAGGAGAGUAAAUCAAGAAGAGAUGAAAUUCAGUUAAAACAAGAUGCACUUGAUAAGUUACUAAAGGAGAAAUUAAAUGAAGAGGAAAGUCUUCAUCAUAAAAUUCAAACCUUAACAGUUUGUACACAGGACCUUAGCACAUCUCUGAAGCAGGCUGAGCAGGAAAUUCAACUUAAGAAGGACCUACUGGCUAAAACUCAGCAAGAGAACACUGAAGAAAGGAUUGUACUUCAGCAGCAGAUUGUAGGCUGCCAGGAGGAGGUGCAGAGGCUGAAAGUAGAGAUUUUGGAGAAAACUGAGCUGCUGAUAAAAGUCAAGACUGACAGCACACAACAUUCAGAAUCUCUUCAGAAUGAGAUCAACCUGCUAAAAGCUGAAAUAGAAAGUCUUAAUGAUGCACUGAGAAAAGCUGAGCAACAGGUUCUGACCCAGCAGGAUGAGCUGACAAAGCUCCAGCAAGAAAGCUGUUCUCAAAAAGAAGUUUUGCAAGAACAACUGUUUGCUUCAGUAGAGGAGGUAAAGGGCUUGAAGCAGUCAAUCCAGGCUAAGGAAGAUCAGAUCCAGUUACUGGAAGAUAAGAAUUCAGAACAAGCGGACAGUUUGCACCAAGAGAUAAAAGAACUGAAAUCUCAGGUUGAGUGUCUUAGAUCAUCGCUUUCGGCAUCAGAAGACACCUUAAAACUGAAGGAAAAUCAGUUUGAAGAACAACAGCAACAAAGCACCCGGCACAUGGAGGCCAUUCAGAUGCAGAUGGUCGCAUCACAAGAUAAGGUAAAGGAGUUACAAGCAGAGCUUAACACUAAAGAGGAGCAGAUGGUUCAGCUAAAGACUGAGACAUCCACAAAAUCAGAGUUAUGGCAGCAGGAGAUUGAAUCUCUCAUUGGGCAGAUAAAAAGCAUCACUCAUUCUUUGGAGAUUGCUGAGAACCAAGUAAAAACUAAAGAAGAUCUCUUGGCUAAACAAGAACAGGAAAAGGCUUUGCAAAUUGAAGAAUUAAGAAAACACAGAGAGGUUCUUGAGUGCCAGGUUAGUCAACUCGAGCAGGACAUCAAAUCUAAAGAGGAUGAAGUCCAGGCAUUGAAAACUGAUCACUGCAAGGAGUCAGAGGCCCUGUCUGAUGAGAUGCAAACUCUGAAGAGUCAAGUCCAAUGUCUGAGCGAAUCCCUAAAGUCUGCAACAGAUCAAGUAUUGGCUAAAGAAAACCUGCUGGCUCAGAAGGAAGUAGAAAUAUCUCAGCAAAAAGAUUCGCUAGAAAGCAUGAGGGCAACCUCUGAAGAAGAAGCAAGAAGACUGAGGGAGGAGAUAAAGGUUAAAGAGGAAAUGCUUAGUAAGAAUAAUGAUGAGAUGAAUGACUUAAAAUCCCAGGUUGAACGUCUUGGCUCUUCUCUGAGGGAGGCUGAGGAGAAGUUACGGUUCAAACAAAACGAGUUAAUGGAGAAGCAACAACAGAGCACUCAGAAUAUGGAGGCCAUUCAGAUUCAGAUGGUUGCAUCUCUAGAUGAGAUUAAGAAGCUAAAAGCAGAGAUUGAUGCUAAAGAGGAGCAGAUUGUUCAGCUAAAGGCUGAAUCAUCUUCAAAAUCAGAGUUAUGGCAGCAGGAGAUUGAAUCUCUUAAUGACCAGAUAAAAAGCAUCAGUCAAUCUUUGGAGAUGGCUGAGAACCAAGUUAAAACCAAAGAGGAGCUCUUGGCCAAACAAGAACAGGAAAAGGCUUUGCAAAUUGAAGAAUUAAGAAAACACAGAGAGGUUCUUGAGUGCCAGGUUAGUCAACUCGAGCAGGACAUCAAAUCUAAAGAGGAUGAAGUUCAGACAUUGAAAACUGAUCACUGCAAGGAGUCAGAGGCCCUGUCUGAUGAGAUGCAAACUCUUAAGAGUCAAGUCCAAUGCCUGAGUGAAUCCCUAAAGUCUGCAACAGAUCAAGUAUUGGCUAAAGAAAACCUGCUGGCUCAGAAGGAAAUAGAAAUAUCUCAGCAAAAAGAUUCGCUAGAAAGCAUGAGGACAACCUCUGAAGAAGAAGCAAGAAGACUGAGGGAGGAGAUAAAGGCUAAAGAGGAAAUGCUUAAUAGCAAUAAUGAUGAGAUGAAUGACUUAAAAUCCCAGGUUGAAUGUCUUGGCUCUUCUCUGAGGGAGGCUGAGGAGAAGUUACGGUUCAAAGAAAAUGAGUUAAUGGAGAAGCAACAACAGAGCACUCAGAAUAUGGAGGACAUCCAGAUUCAGAUGGUUGCAUCUCUAGAUGAGAUUAAGAAGCUAAAAGCAGAGAUUGAUGCUAAAGAGGAGCAGAUUGUUCAGCUGAAGGCUGAGACGUCUACAAAAUCAGUGUUAUGGCAGCAGGAGAUUGAAUCUCUAAAUGGGCAGAUAAAAAGCAUCACUCAUUCUUUGGAGAUUGCUGAGAACCAAGUAAAAACCAAAGAAGAUCUCUUGGCAAAACAAGAACAGGAAAAUGCUUUGCAAAUUGAAGAGUUAAGAAAACACAGAGCAGUUCUUGAGUGCCAGGUUAGUCAACUCGAGCAGGACAUAAGAUCUAAAGAGGAUGAAGUCCAAACAUUGAAAACUGAUCACUGCAAGGAGUCUGAGACCCUGUCUGAUGAGAUGCAAACUCUGAAGAGUCAAGUCCAAUGUCUGAGCGAAUCUCUAAAGUCUGCAACAGAUCAAGUAUUGGCUAAAGAAAACCUGCUGGCUCAGAAGGAAGUGGAAAUAUCUCAGCAAAAAGAUUUGCUAGAAAACAUGAGGGUGACCUCUGAGGAGGAGAAACAGAAACACAGGGAAGAAAUACAAGCCAAAGAUGAACAAAUGGGUCUCUUAGAAAAUCAACGUUCUGAGCAGGUCAUUGUUUUACAACAAGAGAUGAAUGAUUUAAAGUCUCAGGCUGAAUUUCUUAGAUCAUCACUGAAGGCAGCGGAGGACACCUUAAAAUCCAAGGAAAAUCAGUUUGCAGAACAGCAGCAACAGAGCAAUAAGCAAAUGGAGGCCAUACAGAUGCAGGUGGUUGCAUCUCAAGAUGAAGUUAAGAAGUUAAAAGAAGAAAUCCAAUCUAAACAGGAGCAGAUGGUUCAAAUACAGACGGAGACCUCUACAAACUCGAAGUUCCUGCAGCAAGAGGUUGAAUCACUAAAGGACCAGAUAAAAAGCAUUUCUAAUUCUCUGGAAAUUGCUGAGAACCAGCUUAAAACCAAAGAAGAUCUCUUGACCAAGAAAGAACAAGAAAAUAUUUUGCAGGUCGAAGAAUUAAGAAACCACAGAGCAGUUCUUGAGGAGGAUCUGAAUCAGUUGAAGCAAGACAUCAAAUCUAAAGAAGAUGAAGUCCAAGCAUUGAAAGCUAAUCACUGCAAGGAGUCAGAGGCCUUAUAUAAUGAGAUGCAAUCUCUGAAGAGUCAAGUCCAAUGUCUAAAUGAAUCUCUAAAGUCUGCAACAGAUCAAGUAUUGGCUAAAGAAAACCUGCUUGCUCAGAAGGAAGUGGAAAUAUCUCAGCAGAAAGAUUCACUUGAAAGCAUGAGGGCGACCUCUGAAGAAGAAACAAGAAGACUGAGGGAGGAGAUCAAGGCUAAAGAGGUACAAAUUGUCCUUCUUAAAGAAGAGGGAUCCACACAGUCAGAUAUUUUACACAGUGAAAUAAAAGGGUUGCAAAAACAGCUUGAUGAUAUGGCCAAACAAAUGAAAACCACAGAAGAAGCACUUCAGAGGCAGACCCAGAAGCUAAAUAAGCAGGACCAGGACAGUAAUUGUCAGAAGGAGCAUCUCCAGGAGCAACUGCGCUCUUCUGAUGAACAAAUUCGGAAGAUGAGAAGUGAGAUCCAGUCCAAGGAAGAACAGAUGGAGCUGCUGAAGACUGAAAAUGCAGAGAAGUUGAAUUUGUUACAUCAAGAGCUGAUCAAGGAAAAAGAGGCUCUAGCUGCAAGCCUUAAAACAAGAGACACCAUGCAGGACAUGCAGUUGACCACCCUGAAGGAAAAGGAGGUUCUUUUUCAAGAGAAGGAAAUGCUCUCGCUCAAGAUGGUCCAAGCAGAGGCGGACCAGAGAGUUCUCAAGGAUAAGCUUAUAGCCAUAAGCUUUGAGAAAGACAGGCUUUUUCAAGCCAAUCAGGCCUUGGAGAGAGAGAAUGCUACCUCUCAUAAAUUGAAGGCUGUGAUGCAAAAAGAGCUUGAGAAUAUGAAACUGGAGAAUGAUCAACUUUUGAAGCGGAAAGACAAGGCUGAAGGAUUGGAGCUCAUCAACGAAGAGCUGGAGAAACGACUUGCAGCCAAAGAGGAGGCUGUUGAACACUACAAGGCUGAGAUGCAGAAAGCUAUGAGCCAUUACAACAGCAAGAAGCAACUUCUCCAGAAAAGCGAAGAGGAAAACAUGGAACUCAAACAGGCUUUAGAGAUUAAAGACAAGGAAUUCAAGGCUGUUGUUUCCAAAAAUAAUAUACUCCAACUUGACCUGGAGAAAGUCCAGACCAAUGAGAAGAAACUCAAGGCACAAGUGUCCAGUUUAGAGGCACAGCUGGCCUAUGCUGAUCAAGUCCUCAGAUCACAGAAUAAGAUACAUGGUAAUGGAGGAUUGGCAACAGAGUCUGCUUAUCCAGAGGUUUCCAGGAAGCACUCUGGUGUUAGCACUAGAGCACAGCUGAGGAGGUCUAUGAGCUCUGACAGUCUGGACCAGAGCUCACUGGAGGACUCUCUUAACACUACAAGGAAACUGUCUGCACCUGAUGAAUCGAGCACGCCGCUAGUUCGAAGCUCUGAGCGUCUAGCAGCCAAACGGCGGGGCCUUCAAACAGAGUCCCUGGAAACGCUCUACUUUACUCCCAUUAACGUCAGAAGGACGAAAAGAACCAGCGAUGAUUCUGAUAGUGAGCUGAAUUCAACCUUCAAAAAUCCAACUUCCUCUGUCAAACGGCGCAGAACCACGCAGGUCAUAAACAUCACCCUGUCCAAGAAAACACCAGGAAUCGAUGAGGCUGAUGAGACCUUUUACAGUUUACAUUCAGCUCACUCACACCCAAACCUCGCCCGUGCUCACAGUACCCAACCUAUGUUGGAUACACAGACCAGCAAGACCAAUACUGCCAGUGAUCAGCUUAUUGGUCUUCCAGGCUACAGACGGAGCACUAUCCAAUCACACAGCCAGAUUUCAGCUACCAGUGCACUCUGCGUUGGAGCAGAGAAUGAGCCUGAUGGUGGGCCUGAGGAUUGGCUGAGGAUCGCAGAGCUGCAGGCCAGGAACAGGGCCUGCCUCCCACAUCUAAAGAGCAGCUACCCUGUAGAGUCAGAGACUGGCCAGAACACUGCUCUAAUUUUCACCGAUGAAGAGCUCCGGACUGGUGACCCCUCAGAAACAAUCAGAAGGGCGUCCAUGAUGCCGGGCCAACUGCAGGACUCCCUUGUCUCCCAUCGCCACUCCCUCAUGGUGGGGCAGACAGGCGUUGGUUCUGGUUCGCGUCGCCUGUCCUUGAUGCCAGGGCAGCUGCCUGCAAGACAAUCCUCCUCCUCUCAGCUGAAAGGCCCAAAGAGCUCCAAGCAGUCCACGUCCACCUUGUCUGUCCACCAGACCUCACCUGAGAAAAGGGUCAGAGCCAGCUGCUUCCCUCGUCCACUCACUCCGAAGAACAAGAACACGAGCAGUGGAUCAUCCAGCACUUAUCUCCAACCUGUCCUCAGUCCUGCGGAACGUCGUCAAUCUAUGAUGUUCACCAUUGACAACACCCCAAAGAGCAACAGCUACUUAAAGAAAGGGCUGAACAAACUCCGCAAUUCUACCAGGAAAUCCCCAGGAAAAGGCCAAAAAACGCCUUUGGGGAAAAAUCUUCGGAAGGCGGACGAAAACUCUCCUGCAGUGAAUUCUCGUGCCACAACGGGACGAUCUACCAAAGCCGGAACCUUUAAGUCACCACAGGCUGUGGCCAAAGGGCAGAGGGGAUCUCAAGCCACCAGCAGGUCUGCAAAGUCUCCUGGACUGACCGCUAGUGCUCGGAAGAAGCAAGUGUUAAAUCAAAAGAAGACCAAGUUGUCUGACGUCCAAGAAGGUUUAACUUUAUUUUUUAGUUUUUCUUAUGGGUGGUUCUCACAUCCAGGUGUAACAGAUGGUGUUCCAACCUAAAGGGGAAUAAGAGGGUCUGCACGUUUGUUUCGGUUGCUCUAACAAGGAUUCUACAAGGUUUAAAUCUUGAAUUGAUGAUAAACUUCAGUCUUACAUAUGCCUUACACUUAAUUUAUAUAGAAAUUUAAAGGAA